AUGACUACGUGUUAUGUGUACAAGGGGUGUACAACGAAGUUUAACACGAUAAAAAAGAAGAAUAACAAUAAUACAAAUGUGCGUCCUCAGCAACAGUUUGGGACAAAUCCAUGGACAAACCACUCAAAUAAUGUCUUAUACGGACAAUCGCAAGCGACAACAACGACCAGUUUUAUUGAGAAACUACAUGAUUCUAUGUCAACGAUAAUUGUACAACAAAAAGAAUUAGACGCUAAAAUGGAAAAUAAAUUCUCAACAUUAGCUCAAGAAUUUGACGAAUAUUUUAAAGAAGUGAAUGUUAUAAAAGAAUGUCUUAACAAAUGGAUAGGUCCUCUUGUUUGUGUGUUAACAGAUUAUGUCUAUAAACAGGCCAAACAUAUGAAUGUUAAACAAUUAUUGCAACAACCAUACAACCAUUUGGUUCGAUAUUUGGAAAAUGUGAAAACUACACAACUUGCCACAUCAAAAUGA